AUGGCGUACUUACAAAAGAAAAGAAAAGUCUCGAUCGAGCCCGCGCGGCAGAGCAAGCGACAACCAACCGCGCGCGAGUGCGCGACGCAGCGAGGAUCCCUGGUCCCCGCCCACCUCGGUUGUUCAGUGCAGUCACGAGACGGACGCUCAAAGCUGGCUUCCCUGCCCUGCUCACUCACGAUUCUCCUGAUUUUAGUUAAGUUUCUCCGCGCCCGCCGGUCACACUAUAUCGCGCUGCUUCGCACAUCCGUUCCCCUCUCCUCGCUCCUGAGACCAGAGUUGCGCUGCUUCCAUACAGGAUAGCUCAACAUCCAGUGAGAUGAGGGGCAUGGAGGGGAUGGCGAUGGCGCCGCCGCGGGCGCCGGCGACGCAGCACAAGAUGGCGACGAUGAUGCACAUGAGCUUCUUCUGGGGAGACCGCGCGGUGGUCCUCUUCCCGGGCUGGCCGGGGGACCGCGGCGCCGGGGCGUACGUCCUCUGCCUCCUCUUCGUGCUCGCGCUCGCCGCGCUCACCGAGGCGCUCGCCCUGCUCUCGCGCCGCCUCGCGCGACGCGGCGGCGUCGGGGAACCCACGGCCUCUGCGUCUGCAGCGCUGCUGCUGGCGGCCGUGCACGGCGGCAGGAUGGGGCUGGCCUAUCUCGUGAUGCUGGCGGUCAUGUCGUUCAACGUCGGCGUGCUCCUCGCGGCCGUGGCCGGCCACGGACUCGGGUUCCUCCUCGCGCGGAGUAAGGUGCGCACCGGCGCGGCGCGGGGGAACGGGAACGGGAACGGCGCGUCACCUGAGCUCUGUGGCGUCCCGCAGUCGAACGGAUCCAAGCCGUAGCUUAGCUACUCGCAUCUCAGUUUAAAAUUCUGAUGUAAUCUGCAUCUACUGCUACUAACAGUCAUCACUACGGAGUAUAUGUCUGAUCCAAUGUCAAUGUGUACUUGUACGUUCUGGUAUUCCUAAAUCUUGAUCUUGCUAAA